GCCCUUUCCUCUCCGGGCUACGCGACGCGGGCAGGGACCAGAAAGGGCAGCCGCGGCCGCGCGGUCCCUCCUCCUCGCUUAGCCAUUUCUGUUGUUGAUUGGUCCGUUUUCGGGAGGAGAGGGGAUCGAUCGAGCUCCGCCAGAGGCAGGAAGGAUGGUGCGGGGGAAGACGGAGAUGAAGCGGAUAGAGAACGCGACGAGCCGGCAGGUGACCUUCUCCAAGCGCAGGAACGGGCUGCUCAAGAAGGCCUUCGAGCUCUCCGUCCUCUGCGACGUCGAGGUCGCCCUCGCCGUCUUCUCCCCUCGCGGCAGGCUCUACGAGUUCUCCAGCACCACCAGUGUCUACAUACAUCUGGCACGUUGACAACGGCGAGUCUCAGCGGCAUGGAGUAGUGGGGGUUUCGCCGGUGGGCGUGUGAUGAUGGACGAGCGCAGGAUGGUGGCGCUGUCUGGCGUCGUGGUGGCGUCGAUGGCAGAGAGACCUGACACGGUUCUUGCAACAGUACAACUCUGAAGAUGGAUUGAUGGUACGUGGCUGCGGCGGCCUCAUACCCGGCAGGGGUCCUGGUUGAAGAGCACGCCAGACUGGUGGGUGCCCAUACCCGGCAGGCGUCCUGGUUGGGACCUCAGGUCUUAGAUGUAAGG